CCUUUAAAUCUUCUGGUUACUUCUUCCUGAUUUCCUCUCCCUCCUCUCAAAAAAGAUGGUGGGUGUAUAGCUACAUAUUCACGCCACCCCCUCAUCGUCAUCUACACAUCUCCAGCUCACAUCCCACUGCAUCACCGCUUGCUCGCAGCUCUUCCUCCUCCUCCUCGCAUUGCAGGGGCGGCUGCCAGCUGAAUCGAGAUGCGGCGGACCAUUAUCGUCAAGGUGGACCUGGAAUGCGAGCGCUGCUAUGCCAAGAUCGACAGGGUGCUCACCAGAAUCAGAGACAAGGGUGAGUUCGAGAUCGAAGACAUCGAGUUCGACGUGAAGCACAACAAGGUGAUCGUGUCGGGGCCCUUCGACCCCGACAAGCUCGCGGACAAGCUCUGCUGCAAGGCCUGCAAGAUCAUCAAGGAGAUCGAGAUCGUCGACCUCCCACCGCCGCCGCCGCCGCCGGAGCCGCCCAAGAAAGAAGAGCCCCAGCCGCCGCCGCCGGAGCCUGAGUCGAAGCCUGAGCCGCCGCCGGCCGUGGUGAUCGUCGAGCCACCGGCCGCGCCGGAACCCGAACCGGAACCCGAACCCGAACCUGAGCCGGAGCCACCAAAGAAAGAGCCGCCGAAGGAGGAGCCCCCUCCACCGCCGCCUCCCAAGCAGGAGCCUUGCCCGCCGCCGCCCAAGAUCGUGGAGGUCCCUUACCCUUGGCCCUACCCCUACCCGUGGCCGUCCGACUGCUGCUGCCACCACGGCCACGGCGGCUGCCACUGCUGCUCCUGCGGGAAGGAACCGGCGCCGGCGCCGGCGCCGCCGCAAUACAUCCCCUGCUACCCGCCGCAGCAGCCCUACCCCUGCGGCGGCUACAGGAUCGUCUGCGAGGAGGACCCCUCCUACGCCUGCGCCAUCAUGUGACCCAACUCGGUGGUUAAUCAUCAUUAUCUUCUCCUUGAUCACUUCUCCCUCCUCCUGUAUAAUUAAGCACGCACCGUACAGAUACACGCACAUACACCUAUAAAAUACGCACCCCAUACGUACUCAUUAUUGUAUACCCCCUGUAACUCUGUUGAUUUCCUUACGACCCAUUUAGAGACGAGAAAUAAGUAAGUAUAUCGUCAUAAUAAACAGCAGUACCAAGUGCACAUUCAUGUACAUGCAUUUUAGAUUUUAAAAAAGGAGGAAGAUAUAUAUAAAAAGAGCUGUUCGAUUUGGCCAUCGAUCGAAA